GUAGUCACUAUGGCAGCCGCCUGCGGGAAGGUGCUGCUGCGGGCUGCCCUGCCCGCCCGGUGGUUUUCUUCCUCGAUGUGUCGAAUGAACAGAGAUGGAGAGCCCACGAAAUUCCAGCCGCCCCCGAAGCCCGUCAUUAUUGACAAGCAGAAGCAGAGAGAGGAGAGGAGGUUCUUGAGCCCUGAAUUUAUACCUCCCAGAGGAAGAACAGAUCCUCUGAAAUUCUACAUGGAAAGAAAGGAUAUGAUACAGAGACGAAAAGUUUUCAAUAUCCCCGAGUUCUACGUUGGUAGUAUACUUGCUGUUACCACUGCAGAUCCGUAUGCUGAUGGCAAAACCAACCGGUUUGUAGGGAUCUGCAUUCAAAGAGGAGGAAGAGGGCUUGGUGCUACCUUUGUGCUUCGGAAUGUGAUAGAAGACCAAGGUGUUGAAAUUUGUUAUGAACUGUACAGUCCUCGAAUCCAGGAAAUCACAGUUCUGAAGCUGGAAAAAAGGCUGGAUGACAACCUGACAUACCUGAGAGAUGCCCUUCCUGAAUAUAGUACUUUUGAUAUGAAUAUGAAACCUGUAUCUCAUUUAGACCAUGAAGAAAUUCCUGUAAACAAGCUGCAGGUCAGAAUGAAACCUCAACCAUGGUCAAAACGGUGGGAGAGGCCGAAAUACAACAUUAAAGGAAUAAAAUUUGAGCUACCCGAGAAAAAAAUGAAGGAAGCACAGAAGUGGAAGCAGCCCUGGCUGGAAUUCGAUAUGCUGCGAGAGUACGAUACUUCAAAAUAGAGGAAAAAAUAUGGAGGGAAGUGAGUGAAGAGCUGAACAAGUAACAGCUUUGAAUUCAAUGUAAGAAUUGUCAGUUUUCAAGUUUCGUACGCAAAUAAAAGACAGUAAAAUUUCAGCAGUUCUUGUCUGAACGUUAAACUGUCCGUUCCUGAAAACAAAUAUUCCCUUUUCUGACCAGUGUUACAGUGUGUUCAGCCCUGCUUCUGCCUUUCCUUCUAAAUCACAGCUAAUAGGUGUUGUGUUGUCACUUCCAAAUAAUUGUUUCUUCUGUCGUUGCAAAGUAGACGGGUCAAUUGUGAAAAUGCUUCAUUCAGUAGGUUCAGAAGGGGGCGAGGGAAGGGCAAAAUCAGGUCUCUGCAGUAUAGAAAGAAGAGCUUCAUAGCAAGAAAAGAGAAAGCAGCUUCACAAGGUAGACAUAAGGGGCAAAUAGAGAUAGUUUAUGUAGAGAGUAUUAGAAAACAAGGGAUUCCAAGCACUUUCACAGGCGCUAGGUCCAGAAUAACAAGGAGAAUGAAGGCCAUAAAGAUAAGGACCGGAGAACAGCUCGAAAACAUUUGGCAGGGAGGAAACCAGUUCGGGGGAUGCCCCCACCCUUCAGGGUCAGAAGUUUGCAGUGAGGAAGACUAUGAGCCUUCAUCAUCACGACCUACUACGCACACGCAAGGGGGGGAGGGACUGUAUGCUAAUGGGCUCUCGGGAAUGUAGUGAAUAUGUAUCCGAAUUCCUGGUUAUGUAUUAGUUUGACCUAUAUCUAUAGCACGAUUUCUUCGGACGGUGUGCAAGUUAGGUGGAGCGAUCCCCCUUCCACCAGGGUGUACGCGCGUCACCAAUAAACACAUACCUGCUCUAUAUCAU